CGACAGGACAAGACAGCAACAAUGAAUCCGUCACAGCCCGUCGCGUCGCAGUUGAACGGCGUGAGUUUUGGCUACCUGUCUGCAGACGACAUCCGCGCCCUGUCUGCUCGCCGCAUCACCACUACCACCACCUUCGACACUCUUCUCAAUCCCGUGCCCGGCGGCCUCUACAGUGCAGAACUGGGCCCGUUUGGCGACAAUGCGUGCGCGACGUGUGGUCUCAAGAGCCCUCAGUGUCCCGGUCAUCCGGGCCACAUCGACCUGCCUGUGCCAUGCUACCACCCGACCUUUAUGGACCAGGUGUUGAAGCUGCUCCGAGCCUCGUGCACCUACUGCGGUAAGCUCAAGCUGAAACGCAUUCAGGUCACCCGCUACAUCUGCAAGCUGCGCCUUGUGCGCUAUGGUCUGCUGAAGGAGCUGAAGGAGCUGGACGAGGUUGAGCACCGCGUGACCAAGACGCCGUUGGACGCCGAUGCCGCCUCGGACGAUGAGCCCAAUGCGGGUGGAGAUGCAGACACCGAGCACCUCCAGACUCAGCUGGAAUCAUGGACAAACCGGACCCUCAAGCAGGCACGCAAAGAAGGGCGCAUUUCAGAGCAGAAGAGUGAAGCCACGAAUCAGGCCCGGAGGGCUAUCAUCGCCGAGUUCAUGCAGGAAAUCACGAAGAGCAAAAAGUGCGGCAGCUGCGGCGGCAUUGGCCAUAAUUACCGGAAGGACAGAUUGGUCAAGAUGUUCAGACUGCCCUUGACAGAAAAGGAAUCUGUGGCUAUGGUGCAGGCUGGUCUGCGGACCAAAGACCCCAUGGUGGAAAUCAGACGGCGACUGCGAGCCGAGCAAAAUCGAAAGAGAAAGCGGGACGACGAUGAGGGCGUCGCUGACAUGGACAACACAUCGGAGGAGGAAGGCGACGAUGUGGAUAUGGACGAGUCGGAGGGCGAGCCAGAGAUUGUAGGUGGCGUGGUGCUGGACGACGCCAUGGAGAGUGCUGCCACCAAAAAGGCAAAGGCCAGCACAGAAAGCGAAUAUUUGAACCCACAGCGCGUGCAUGCGCAUAUACAGCAACUCUUCGACAGCGACGCCGAGGUCCUCAGUCUAGUAUAUGGGCGUGACCGGAGACGAGAUGGUCCUCUAUCCGCGGAUAUGUUCUUCGUCAAGGCCAUUCUGGUCCCUCCGAACCAGUAUCGACCAGAAAUGAAGACGACGAGCAACGCGAUUGCGGAAGCCCAAGAAAACAAACACUACCGAGACAUACUCGCAAACUGCGAGGUUAUCUUGGACGUGCAGCGUGAGCUCACCACUGGCAAGAAGGCAGAAAAUCGAUAUCGAGAUGUGACGUAUCUGGAUCUCGAAAGACGCUGGAUCACACUUCAAGAGUGCGUGAACAGCUUGGUUGACAAGAGCUUGGCGCCCGUAUCAGGCGCUGCAGCAAGCCAAGUUCCUGACGGUGUCAAGCAGAAGCUGGAGAAGAAGGAGGGCAUGUUCCGAAAGUACAUGAUGGGCAAGCGUGUCAAUUUUGCCGCUCGGACUGUCAUUUCACCCGACCCCAACAUCGAAACUAACGAGAUUGGUGUACCGCCAGUCUUUGCUGUCAAGCUGACGUAUCCAGAGCCGGUCACACAAUACAACGUCGAGGAGCUGCAAUUGGCUGUCCGAAACGGACCAUACAUCUGGCCAGGUGCUGUAGCCAUUGAGAGCGAGAACGGCGCUGUGGUCAAGCUGGAGCGAAAGAGUGCUGACGAGCGUACGGCGCUGGCCAAUGCACUCAUGGCUCCAACCACUUCCGGCACCUACUUAGGCACGCCAGGAACGCGGCCCAAAAAGGUGCAUCGCCAUCUGAACAACGGUGAUAUUGUCAUCAUGAACCGUCAGCCGACGCUCCACAAGCCAUCCAUGAUGUGUCACCGAGCAAGAGUACUGCCCGGAGAAAAGACGCUGCGCAUGCACUACGCCAAUUGCAACACCUACAAUGCCGAUUUCGAUGGAGAUGAGAUGAAUUUGCACUUUCCCCAGAACGAGUUGGCGCGAGCCGAAGCCUUGACGAUAGCAGACACUGAUCAUCAAUACAUUUCAGCGACGGCUGGCAACCCCUUGCGCGGUCUGAUUCAAGAUCACAUCUCCAUGUCUGUCUUCCUCUGCAGUCGAGACAUGUUCUUUGAACGCGGCGACUACAUGAAUAUGCUGUAUGCUGCACUACGGCCGGAAGACGGCCACUGUGUCAACGGCAGAAUGGAAACGGUACCUCCUGCAAUCAUCAAGCCCAAGCCACUCUGGACGGGGAAGCAAGUGAUAAGUAGUGUCUUGAAAAAUCUGACCCCUCAUGGUGCCCAGGGCUUGACGUUGAACAGCAAGAGUACGACUGCCGAGACCAUGUGGGGGCCUGGCGGGAAAGGUGAGGCCGAAGUCAUCUUCAAGGACGGUGAGCUUGUGCAAGGCAUUCUCGACAAGAAGCAGAUUGGUCCCUCUUCUGGAGGCUUCGUGAAUGCGGUAUACGAAGCAUAUGGCCAUACCAUUGCUGGCAGAUUGCUCAGUGUGCUGGGUCGCUUGCUCACAAAGCUUGAGCACAUGCGAGCUUUCUCUUGUGGUGUGGAAGAUGUCAUCUUCACGCGCAACGGAGAGGUCAAUCGACGAAAAGCUCUCGCGGGCGCAGACACCGUCGGUCUGUCCGUCUCUGCCAAGUAUGUCACUCUCGACUCCCAGAAGCCGAAAAGUAACGACAGAGAACUGCGGCGACGACUGGAAGAUGUGCUGCGAGACGAUACUAAGCUCCACACGCUGGAUGCUCUCAUGAACGCCGAGACUGGAAAGCUCAGCAGUGAAGUGUCGAACACGUGCAUGCCGGCUGGUCUUUCGAAGCCUUUCCCAAAGAACCAAAUGCAGACCAUGACAAUGUCUGGUGCCAAAGGCACCAAGGUCAACGCCAAUCUCAUUUCAUGCAAUCUAGGUCAACAAGUCCUGGAAGGUCGACGUGUACCGGUCAUGGUCAGCGGAAAGACUUUACCUUGCUUCAAGCCCUUCGAAACCAGCGUACGUGCUGGUGGCUACAUUGUUGAUCGAUUCUUGACUGGCAUUAGACCUCAGGAGUAUUUCUUCCACGCCAUGGCUGGUCGUGAGGGUCUGAUCGACACUGCUGUCAAGACUUCGCGUUCCGGCUACCUUCAACGUUGUCUCAUCAAGGGUAUGGAAGGUCUGCGUGUUGAGUACGACAGCUCCGUCCGCAACACCGAAGAUGGCAGUAUUGUGCAAUUCUUGUACGGAGAAGACGGUCUGGACAUCGGCAAGGCGAAGUACAUGAAUGAUUUCAAGUUCACAGCUGAAAAUUAUCUUUCGCUUUUCCACUCCAUGAACAUGGGCGAGGCUUUUGGUAAUCUCGUCAGCGAGGACGCAAAGGAUGCCAACAAGGCUGCUGAGAAGAGAUACCGCAAGACGGGAGAUCUUGGUGCGUCUGAUCCCGCGUUGUCCCAGUAUCCUCCUGGAAGACACAUUGGUAGUGUCAGUGAGAACAUUCUUGCCAGCUCACGAGAAUGGAUUGACAAGAACGAAAUGCGACUCAUCAAGGACAAGAAAAAGAAUAUCGAGGGAACGGUUUCGAAGAAGAACUUCAAUCACAUCCUGGAUGUGCGCUACAUGAAGUCUGUUGUCGAAGCCGGCGAGGCUGUGGGCGUCGUAGCUGGACAAUCUGUUGGUGAGCCUUCGACGCAAAUGACGCUCAACACGUUCCAUUUGGCGGGUCACUCGGCCAAAAACGUCACACUUGGUAUUCCUCGUCUCCGAGAAAUCGUCAUGACUGCUGCGAGCAAGAUUUCCACGCCUCAAAUGACUCUUCGUAUGGGCAAUGGCACUUCAGUCGAAGAAGCAAAGAAGUUUGCAAAGGGCAUCUCAAAACUUGCGCUUGCUGAGAUUGUGGACAAGGUCACUGUGUCGGAGACCAUCGGUAAGGGCAUUGCUUAUGGAGAAGCAAAGAAGUACGAGAUUCGUCUCGAUUUCUUCCCCAGUGAAGAAUACAAGAAGGAAUACGCCAUCACGAUAGGUGACGUUGUCCAUACUAUCGAAAAGGAGCUCCUGCCUUGGCUCCAAACUGCUGUUCGAAAGCAAAUCAAAAAAUCCGGCGGCAUGAACACCAUCAAGGCCGUGGAGAAAGCCAUGGCCGCCGAGGUAGGAGAGUCUGCCGGCGCCAUUGAGCAAGAACGCGCACAGCCCCAAGCUGGUCGUGAGGGCGGUGAUGACGACUCUGACGGCGAGGGUGACGAUGAUGCCACUCGUGACAAGUCCAAGAGCAACAAGCAGCAAGGUGGCUACGAUGACCAAGAAGAUGACGAAGACCGAGCACUCAAAAAACGCAACGCCACGCCUGAACUACAAGGGCACGACCCAGACGAUGAAGGCUACCGCUCUUCUCGAUCGUCCUCUCCCGAUGACUCCGACGAUCCCACCAAAACGUCCAGCUCCAAGCGUUCCAACACAAUCACAGCCGCAGCUAGAGAGCAACGCAUCAGAGGAGACGGGGCCACCAACGACGUCGCCUCCUUCUCCUUCGACGAUGAAACUGGUUCACACUGUGCCUUCACUCUCGAAUACGACUCCUCCACGGCCAAAAUCCUCAUGCUCGCUCUCGUGGAGAAAUCUCUACAUGAGGCUCUCAUUCAAAGUGUGUCUGGAAUCCAGAACGCAGCUGUCGACGAAAGUGACAAACCCAAAUCCGCAGACGCACCCGCUGUCGUGCUCACCUCGGGAGUCAACGUCCGAGCCAUGUGGGACUACCAGCACAUCAUUAACCCACACUACAUUUACACCAACAGCUGUUUCGACAUUUUCACCAACUACGGCGUCGAGGCCGGUCGCGCGGCCAUCGUUCGCGAAUUACAAGGUGUCUUUGGCGGUCACGGCAUCAGUGUCGACCCGAGACAUCUCAUGCUCAUUGCCGAUUACAUGACGCGUGGUGGAGGGUAUCAGGCAUUCAGUCGUAUGGGUUAUCGGGCGAAUGUAAGUCCGUUUAUGAAGAUGAGUUUUGAAACUACCGUGGGUUUCUUGAAGGAGGCGGUCAUGAAUGGCGAGGGAGAUGAUUUGGCGGGCCCUUCGGCGAAGAUUGUGGUGGGAAAUGUGAAUCGUAUGGGUACGGGGGGUUGUGAUGUUUUUAUGCCGCUUGAGAAUGGAGAACGGGCCGGUGAUGUUGUUGCUGAGGAGAUGGAAGUGGAGGCUGAGGGGGAGGAAGAGGAUGUGUUAGAGACUGAGGAUGUCGAAAUGCAGGACUAAAGGGUGUCUGAAGGCGUGUCUAUCUGUUGUGUAUUGGCGCCUGCUGGCUUCGAAAGUAUGAAUGGCACUAUCUUCACUUGAG